AUGAUCAAGUCGCCGCUGGAUUCGUUUGGGGAGUGGACCGAUAUGUCGGUCUUUUUGGAGAUGAAACCGAGGAACGAUUUGGCGUCGUUGUUCGUCGACGUUCCACCCGGUUUCAGAGAGAAACAACCGGCUCCGGAGCAAGAAAAUCGGAAGACGAUAAAAUACGCUGACAUCAACGUCGUCAACGUCACCGACAAUUUCAUCAGAAUCGGAGCUCCACCCACCCCAGAAUCCCUUCUCAAACGAGAGAAAGAGGCGGAACAAUCAUCAUCAAACGGCGGUGUUCAAAUCAAAAAACAACGGGAUAGGAGUCUAUCAACUAGUGGCUCACCCAAGUCUCUACCCAAUUCACCGACAAAAAAGAGCCAGAAAAAACAGAAAAAGAGUGAAAAAUCAGACUUCAAACCAACCCGUUUCGGUGCAACAGUUCGUGAUGUCACUAUCAAAGCAUCUACUCUCUGCUCACCAACAUUUGCCGAUGGAGCUGGUCGUAUUUUUAUGUGUAAAGUGAAUGUAGAACCAAUCGAUUCUCCAUUGAUUCAAAAAACCGCUCAUCGUCUCGCAGUCGAUGUAUGCAAAAAAGAGAAAUUAGAGGAGUUUGCUGCGAAAGCGCACCCACGUAUCGUAUGCGCUCGAUGCAAGCUUGGAAUAUUAUCAGAGGAAUAUAUUAUGACUAUCGGAUGUCUUCCGGAUGAUGAUUUCCUUUCAACUACACAAUCAGCAGAUUUCUAUUGCAGAGAUUCGUGUGGAGCUGCUUGUGAUCCGGACAAACAUAAACACGUUAAACGAGAAGAACUGAAAGCAAAUCCAAAAUGGCUUCCAAACGAAAAACGAGUAAUGAUCAGUUAUGCGAAUUCAAUUCUUCAUAAACUAUCAGUUUUGGAAGAAAAUGUGAUCGUUGACGAGAAGAAAAAUAUCAAAUGUGCCGGAUGUAAAUGCCAAUUGGGACGUGUUCAGAAAAACCACCCGGAUCUUUAUACAUUCAAUCACAUCGCUACUCUCAUGACUGCUGGACAGAAGAAGAUUCCAUUCGUUGAUAAACUCAAUAUGUCUCAAUUAUCAAUUUACAUGGCACAAUUGGUUCUAAAUGGCUGUGAAGGACAGACUUCGAUGAAAUUGGUCAUCCGAUCCCUCGACAAGGUCCCCUAUAUGCUCGUUUGGCUACUGGAUUCUUAUGUUGUCAUUGCAAAUGGAACAUUAGAAGGAUUGAAAAAUGAAGAGGAGGAAGGAACUGUUCUGACACCGUUUCCAGCCAUUAAACUCCUCUAUAAAGUGUUUAACAACUCGACUGCUGCCAGUGAUCCACGUGCGAAUGGAGAGGAUACAUCUGUUGGAUUAAUCGAUUUGCCACUUCCUUGCUGUGAAACGCUCAUCGAGUUAUUGCUCCGUAGCUCACUUCGUAGUCCACCGGCUUGUCGUGCUGUCGGUCAAUUCUUUGUUGGAUAUCUUCAGAUUGAUGAUCGUAUUUAG